GUUCUUACUUGCAAUUACUAAUCAUUUCAGUAGUUGGCUAGCAUCUAAAAAAUGUUUCCGAUUUUAGUUGUUUUGUGCAUAGCGUUGGCUAGUAGUCAAGUUGACGCCUACACACUGCAACAGCGCCAACAAGGAGACCUAUUUGCUUUGGAAUGCCUCACUGAAACUGGAGUCAAUCCUGCCUCGAUAGCCUUACUGAAAAUCGGUGAUUUCACAGCAAACGAAAAGCGAGCCAAGUGUUUCGUGCGUUGUUUCUUCCAGAAAGAAGGUUUCAUGAACGCCGACGGGGAGCUGCUGCCUGAGAGCAUUGUAGAGGCUUUGUCUAACGAUUUCGAACGUGAAAAGCUGGAAAAGGUUGUCUCCAGUUGCCAAGUGAAGAGUGAAGAUGCGUGUGACAGUGCUUUUCUUAUGUACGAGUGUCUUUACAAAAAUCGAGAAAAUUUGUGAACUGGGCCAAAUCUAUACAAUAAGUGCGAUCCUCAUUUUAAAAACUGUGCAAACAAACUGUAGUGACAAACGUUUUUUUUUCAGUGAUAUUGAAUAAAUAAUAAAAUACAA